CGAGUCGAUGUCAAUGUUUACAAGCUACGGACCAUCGGCUGGAAGUUCAUUCCGACUUUGAGCCUCGUUGUGAACACAAUACAAAAAAAAAACAUUACAUUUUCCAAUAACUAACAUCGUUUGGACUAAUAUUUUUUUGUGAACACUUGCGCUCUCUGUCGGAACUUACAAACAAUCGUCUAUCUCCUGGUUCCUGCUUUUUAGCUAAUUAGCUUCAUCGUUCAUCGAGAUGUGCUGCAAUCCCGGUGGCUGCUGCGGCCUGCCCGCCAGCAUUCAGUGCACCAAUUUCUGCUUCAACUGCUGGACCGGCACGGCGAGCGUUCCCAGCUGUCGCACUGGCUACACGCCCUGCUGUCCGCUCUAUCGCGGCUGCUGCGGUGGUCCACGAGGUUGUUGCUAGCAACGCUGCAAGAUGUGCCCGAAAUUAGGAAAUAACAUACAAAAUCAUCCGUGAAUAAAAACCAACAAAAAUAGUA